UAAAAUCAGCAAUAGAUGAAGGUCCCGUGUAUAUUUAACCUCGGUAUAUUUAACCUCGCGGUUUCUUUGAAAGAUCGUAUUUGUCGUAACCAAACGAUGAAAACUUUUGAAGAAUGUUUCAAGGGAAAGGCCUGGGCAACGAAAUGUUUGGACGAAGUUACUAGAACGCUUUGUUCAGAUCUUCGGCAUUUCGUAGUCUUCUCUUCCGUCUCGUGCGGAAGAGGAAAUGCUGGCCAAACGAAUUAUGGUAUGGCUAAUUCCAUUAUGGAAAGAAUAUGCGAAAAAAGGGUAGAAGAAGGUUUGCCUGGAUUAGCUAUUCAAUGGGGAGCGAUUGGAGACGUCGGUCUUGUCGCGGAUAUGCAGGAUAAUGAUAAAGAACUUGUUAUUGGCGGUACUUUACAGCAAAAAAUAAUAUCAUGUUUAGAAGAAAUGAAUCGAUUUUUGCUACAGGAUAAACCUAUAGUUGCUAGUAUGAUAGUCGCUGAUAAACGAUUAGAUGGCGAUCGUGCGGACAAUGUCGUAAAUGCUGUCUUAAAAAUUAUGUAUAUUAAACUUGAAGAGUAUCAAUCAACAAACUUCCUUGGCAGAACUUGGAAUAGAUUCUAUGAUGGAUGUGGAAAUAAAACAAACAUUAGAGCGUAAAUAUGAAAUAUAUCUCGC